GUGGAUAAUUUUCGGUAUCAUGUUCAAGUUCUGGUCGUUAUCCAUUUGGUGGAAGAUGUGGUAUUUUGGUAGUCCUUGAUUGAAGUUGUACGCUUUGUGGGUGAUCCCUGUCUGAGUCUACCAUCUUUAUCGAGGUGAAAUCAGUGUAUGUCACCAGGUUGCAGAUGGCAAUUUGGAGUUUCCUACAGUAGUUUCCUUUUGCAAAGCUUAAAAAGAAGAAAAAAAGGGAGUCUCGCCUUCUGAUGCGGUUUCUGAUAUGCAAUGCGCCAAAUCUUAUUGAACAUGUUCAAAUUCAAGUCUUUAGAGAUUCCAACAGUAAGGAUACAAGAAGAGGUGGCAUGGCGGCUGAUGCAACGCGUCUUUUUAUUUUCCUCUCUCUUGAGUGCUUCGUGAGAUCUUCGGGCUUAAAAGUAUGAAACUUUUUAACUUUCUUGCAAACGGAAAGAACGAAUAGCGUGAAGAUGAUAGUGCUUUGUCGCUCCUAAGUCCUGCAGUUAUAUUUUGGUUUAACAUCAGCAUCAAUAACAGCAAUAUUGUGGUCCAGACGUAAUUAGCCCACUGCAGGUUUCACUCUUCAACAGCACCAAGUCGCACAAUUUGGAUAUUAGCAAUUAGCGCCUUGCUUUUUCUUUAUCAUCCGAAGUCCAAACAACCUCUCAAACUGAAUCAAAAAAGUAGAAAACCUCCAAAAUCGUCACCCCAUAUUUCCACUUUUUUUCAAAAACAUGACAAUAGCACAAUCAGCACCAAAUCGCCUAAAACUCCUCCGCAUCUUUCAAUACCACGCCCUUCAACCCUCACUCUUUGUCCGUCACUUCUGCAUCGAACUCGCACAACCGUCACCACCUCAACAAAACGACGAGGAGUCAACACCGUCACCACCGCUGCAGAACGACGAGUCAAUCAUAAAGCGAGCAGUACAACUCCUCCAAAUCCCAGAUCAUGAAUGGAACACUACCCAACUCAAUAACCUCAUAUUUUCCGCUCUUUCCCCUUCUCCGCGCCUUCUCUUUCAAAUUGCCCGCCGCUUACCCUCAUCAUCUCAAGCCCUCAAAUUCCUCAAAUAUCUCCAAAAUAAUUUCCCAACUUCGAAUACCCAACACCUCUCCUCCACAUUCCAAGCCAUCUUCGAGCUCGCUAGCCGUGAAAAUGAUUCCCGCACCAAUCUAUAUGAGCUUUAUAAAGUGUCCAAAGAGUGGAAUAUUCCACUUACUAUCAACUCUGCCACGCUUCUACUUCGCUUCUUUGGAAGGAUUGGAUUAGUGGAGAAAUCAUUCAUUCUAUUUAAUGAGCUCGAGCAUUGUAUUAAGAAUACUCAUGUUCGCAACCUUAUGGUUGAUUUGCUGUUGAGGGAUGGCCGAGUUGAUGAUGCGUUUAAGGUGCUCGAUGAAAUGCUUCAACCUGGGUCAGAGUUUGAUCUUCGUCCUGAUGAUGUUACUGGAGAUAUUAUUUUCACUUGGUUGAUGAAAAGAGAAAAGUUAGUCUCUCCCGAAGAGAUUGUGGAAGUGGUGUUGAAGUUGGGCAAGUUUGAUGUCUUUCCUAAUUCAAUUCGCCUAACACAGACGAUUGGGCAAUUGUGUAGAACUGGGAACACUAGUAAAGCUUAUGACCUUUUGAUUGAAUUGAUGACACUAGGGGCUGCUAUUAAGGCAGCUCCUUGUAAUGCAUUAUUGACAGGAUUGGGGAGAGAUGGGGAUUUUGAUAAAAUGAAUGAAUUUAUGGCAAAAAUGAAGGUUAUGGACAUUGUGCCAGAUGUUAUUACAUUUGGAAUUCUUAUUAAUCACUCGUGUAAGUUUAGGAGAGUCGAUGAGGCACUGGAAAUCUUUCAAAAGAUGAUUGAAGAGGUUUCAGUUGAACCAGAUGUUGUUAUUUUUAACACAUUGAUUAAUGGUCUUUGUAAAGUUGGGAGGCAAGAAGAAGGAUUUGGUUUGAUGCAAAAGAUGAAAUUGCAAAAUGGGUGUGCUCCUAAUACUGUUACCUACAAUUGCUUGAUUGACGGUUUCUGUAAAGCUGGUGAGAUAGAAAGAGGCCUGGAGUUGUUUGAUGAGAUGAAUAGAGAAGGGGUUGUACCAAAUGCGAUUACUGUUGGUACUUUGGUUGAUGGUAUGUGCAGACAUGGGAGAACCAAUAGUGCAGUACAGUUUUUUGAGGAGAUGCAAAGUAAAGGCUUGAAAGCUGAUGCUUAUGCUUAUACGUCACUGAUCGAUGCUUUCUGCAACGUCAACAAUAUCGAGAAGGCAAUGGAAAUUUUUCAUCAAAUGUUGAGAGAUGGAUGCACCCCAGAUGCAAUGGUUUACUAUAAAUUGAUCUCUGGGUUGAGCCAAGCUAGAAGGAUGGAUGAUGCUGCUUCUGUCUUGACGAAGUUGAAAGAGGCUGGGUUCUGUCCUGACAUUGUGUGCUACAAUAUUUUGAUUGGUGGAUUUUGCAACAAAAACAGGUUGGAUAAAGCCCGUGAAAUGCUUAAUGAUAUGGAGGAAGCUGGAUUGGAGCCUGACACUAUCACGUAUAACACUUUAAUUUCUUACUUCGGCAAGAUUGGAGAUAUUAAAGUUGCUCAUAGAAUGAUGAAGCAGAUGAUCAAGGAUGGUCUACAACCUACUGUUGUCACAUAUGGAUCUCUAAUACAUGCAUAUUGCUUAAAUGGCAAUGUUGAUGAAGCAAUGAAGAUUUUCAAAGCCAUGGAUGCUGCUGCUUCAAGGGUAGCUCCCAAUAAUGUUAUAUAUAAUAUCUUGAUAGACUCAUUGUGUGAGAAUAAUGAUAUAGAACUUGCUCUGUCCUUAAUGGAUGAUAUGAGAGUUAAGGGGGUAAAGCCAAACACCGGAACGUAUAAUGCUAUGUUCAAAGGUCUUAGGGAGAGAAAAUGGCUGAAUCAAGCCCUUGAGCUAAUGGAUAGGAUGAUGGAGCAGCCUUGUAAUCCCGAUUACAUUACCAUGGAGAUACUGACAGAAUGGCUCUCUGCUGUUGGUGAAACAGAGAAGUUAAAAAACUUUGCUCACGGAUAUGAGGUUUCAGAUUCUACUGCAUAGAGUGGCUUCAGCAAGGGAUGACAUAAUUAUCUGAAGCAGAUUUACUGCCACUACAAGUUGAAUAUGUGCAGCAGUUCAGGAGAGCCAGAGAUUUCUUCAGUUUCCUGCUCGUAUAGCUUCUCUGGUCAGAUAUGCUAUAAUUGUUUUGGCUCUUCAAGCAGCAGUUAAUUUAGAGAACCUCGGUUCUCAAGGUUGCCUUCAUCUGUGUGCACUGAUGCUGCAUUUCCAUUAUGAAGAAUGGAAGACAAAGGCGGAUAAAGUGACAAGGCUAAGUUGAUUGCAAUCACGAUAUGUGGUUGUUGCUAGUUUUAAUCUGUUUAACUUUUGAAUCCUUAGAUAUGAGAAAUUUUGUAGCUUUAAUUCUAAAGAGUAUAAUGAGGUGAACAUAGGCAAGUGGUUUGCGUGGCUGAACAAUUUUGCUAUGAAAUAUGAAUAAACUUUAAUCUCCUUAUUUCAUUUUUGGACAAAUAAUUCAUAUUAAGGUAUCAUUUAUUGAUCUGUUAUUAUUGCUGUUAUGAUAAACUUGAGGAACGAUAGUCUGACUCUGUGGAA